AUGAUUCAAUUGAGCACAGAAAAAAUAGAUGAGUUAUCACAAAGCAAUUAGGGUAAAUUUAUAAUAGAAAUGGUUUAAACACAUACUGAAAUGAGAGGAUCUUUGGGUAUGACUGAAUUAUAUAAUUUUGAUGAUUUGGUGACAGCAAUAGGAGAUUUGUAAAAUGAAUUUAUAACUGAAUUUAUAAUAGUUGGAAAACGAUUUCACAAGGAACAUUCAGUGAUUUAAUAAAACUUAGAUAUUAAUCUUGGUUAGACAGAAAAUUAAUAUUUUUAAUUAAAAAAACCUUAUUGAUGCUAAUCUAUUACCUAAUAUUGAUUAAAAAAAUUAAAAAGAUUGAAAGAUUGAAUGGUUUAUUGAAUUAUAAUAGAGAUACUAGAUAAAAUUAAUAUCAAGAAUAUUUAGACAGAGGAAUACACAAAACAACUUUUAUUAAGUAAACAUCAAAGUGCUAACAGUGCUGUUGAUGAAGCCUUAUAAUUGAUCAAUUCUAAAAUUAAUGCAAAUAUAGUAUUCUCAGAAAAGGCUCCUAUAUAUUAAGCUAUCAAAAGAGUUAAUAAUAAAAUUCAAAAGAUAAGCAUUAUUCAUCCACUAGUUGAGGCUUUUGCUUUAAUUAACAUAGAAUUUUUCUGGUUAAUGUGCAUUUAUGAGAAAACACUGAUGAAUAAUAGUUCUAAUAAAUUUGGGAGGCAAAAUAAAAAACUUUAAAUAUUGAAUAUUAAGAAUUUAAGCAUUCUGUUUUAGAAGCUACAUAUGUCUUGGCUGUUUAUUAAAAUAUUUAUUUUUAGAUAAAUUGAAGUUAAAUUAAGAAGCAUUAGCAUCAAAUGAAUUAGAUUUAUAAAAUUAUAAAGAUUCUUUAUGUAAAAAUGAAGCACAUCCUAUUUAGAAUAGAAUAAGGAUGCUUAAGCCUAAGAAAUCAAAAUAUACAAUUUAUUUAAAGCUUAGUAUCAAAUCUAACUACAAACUACUAGAAAUUCCAAAGAAUUUGUAAAUUCUGCUGAGUUUAGUACUGUCAUUAGAAACAAAUAAAAUUCAGGAGGAUUAGUUUGA